GUAUAUAUAUAUAAUAUGAUUUCAAAGAGUAUUAAUUCUGGAAGAGGACACUGUUGACUUCUUACUAUAAAAUAUUAUGAUUCCAGGCUAAAAAUACUAAGGACUAUACUUUCAAAUCAUUGUAAUUCUUUUAAAAACCCCAUAUUUAUUAGAUCAGUGUCCAUUCAUUGGCUAAUUCAUACAACAGAUAAAUUUAAGUGUCUGUGAUACGGCAGCCGUACUUUGUAUCUGGAUUUCCACAAUUAGUGAAGUUUGAUUUACUGUACAUAUAGUUUUGCUACUUUUGAGUAAUGUGACAAAGUUUGCAUCUUAAAAACAAUGUUUCUGCUAGUAAGUCAAAUUUUAAAAAAUAAAUUAUUAGAGUUUAUAAAAAAUUCAAAUUAACUGCAUUAAUAUGGUUCAGUUUUACAUAGUCACAUAAAAUGGAUCUAGAACAGUUUCUUCUUUGAUUUUAUUUUAAACUGGAUAUAUUCUUUUAGGGAAGUAUAUGGUCGGCAUAAAUUUACUGAACACCCAAGUAACCAUAAAGUUAUUUGCUAUUUUUAAACAAAACAUACAUUUCAUAAUGUCAGUACUAGAACAUUAUAAUAGAUCAUGAAUAUUUCCUUAAUCAUUACAGAACGAUUACCUCAUGUUCAGUAUGGUUUUCAAAACCUUUUAUGUGUAUCUUACAGUAUUCACAUUAUACAAAUAUUUGUGACCUGACAUGCUUUGUUACCUGGAAUAUUUGAUUAAUGUAAAUACUUAAGCUUUUGGAGUAAUUUGGAGUUUAAAUGGAUUGCGUUUCCUAUAUGUUGUUUUUAUUGAAAAGAUAUUGUUGGACUUGCCAUAUAAAGGUUAGUACUGGCUUAUAAAUAACAGAGAUUGCCAUAGUACUUUUCUCCUCAGACUAUCCAGUUAUUAAAUUAAAACAGUAUUUGUUAUUUCUGGGUCAAUAUAAGGUACUCACUUUUGAUUCAUAAUCAUUUGAGCUUUGUUAGUUUAAACUGAUACAUAUUCUUAAUGAUACCCAUUCACCCUAAGUUGGUCCUUGGGAAUGGGCAUUUAGAGGAUUUCACAGUAUGUAGGGCAGAAGGUGGGUGAAUGUGUUUGCUUUGGCUUGGAGCUUUGUAAGUUUGGACCAGUUUUAAAAUAAGUCACAUUUUAAGUAAUUGGUAAAAGGCAUUUCUGUUAGCAUUGGAAAUUUUUUGAGAGCCUAAGGGCUAUAAGAAUGCAUAUAUAUAUAUAUUUUAACAUUUUCAAUAUCUCUAAGGUACCAAAGCACGGAGUCUGAUUUACCAUUUAAGGGAGACUCUUUAAAAUAAAAUUUAUAACUAAUUCAUACUAUAAGAUAUAUAACAAUUAAAGUUUUGGAACAACUUACAUUAAAAACCACUAGUCUUUAAGAUUUCUGGAUAUAAAAAGUAUUUUGGUUUCACUUCUUUUAAAGUAAUUAAAUUCAAAAUUAAUCGCUUUCUACCAUAUACUGAGUAGAUCUAUGACCUCAGCAUAGUAAAUCAUUUCUCAUCUUUGGGCCUCCACUGCCUUACAUAAAAUAAUUAUAACUUGUUCAGCUUACCUCCCAGGGCUGUUGCGAGAAAUAAAAUGAAAUGGAGUAUGUGAAGUUGCUUCAACAACAGUAAAAUGCUAUGUAAAUGUAAGGCGUUAUUUUCAGUGAAUAAUGGAUUUAAGUGUUGGGUACUUCUAGAUGUUCUUUCUUUUAAUAAAGCAUGUGCUUAAAGUGGUAUCACUAGGACUUCAAAGUGAUUAUUUAAAAAAAAAAAAAAAGGAAAGAAAACACCACCUGAUUAUAAUGCCCUUUAACAUUCUUUUGUUUGUGCAAUGCUUGUGGCCUUUUUGUAUUUUCUCAUCAAACUUGUUACUCUCUAUCUAGACUUGGUACAACUGUAAACGUCUCUCACAGCAUUCAUGUGUCAGUGUAGAAUAGCAUAAAUAAACAUUUUAAGCUAUGUUUCCAUUCAGGCAUUUGCACUUUCAAUUUAUGACUGCUUAGUACCACAUGCAGAGUGAACUUAGCCCAAAUAUUUUCCAAACAACCAAAUGAUUCAGCAGUUUGUUGACAUGGGAUAAAUGAUAUCAGGUUUAUGUGCCCACUUACCAUUUGACAACUUUUUUUGCAUUAAAAGAUAUGAUGAAACAUUUCAAAACUUUGCUAACCUGAAUAUCAUUUAGUAUCUCUCCUAACAUUUGUUUUGCUUUAAAUUGGAUUUGUUAAAUGGCUUACAGGUUAUCUUAAUCUGUAGAUUAUUUGGUAUGUCUAUCAUUUGGACAUGGUUUUGCUAUGCAGUUCUGAUAAUAAAAAUUCUAAUUCCUCAGGUUUAACCUUUAAGUUACGGAUGAAGAACAUUAAUGGACACUUUUAAUAUACUCAGUUCUGCAAACUAGUCUUUUAAUAAGCAUAUUGCCUCAUUAUCCUUGGAAACAAGACAAAGCCUUUUAAACUUUAAACUUUUUAACUUCAAAAUAAAGUAUUCAAAGUGGAGUAACUUGAAUGUUGAAAUGAUUGUAUGCUCUGUGUAGAAUGACCGAGCCUAAGUUCUUACAAAAGCACCUGGAAUAUCUCCUCUAAAAAUUAAACUUUUUCUGCUUUCCUUUGCUUCAGUGCUUGCAUUUUUAUCAAUUUUCAUUAAAUAUCUACAGUGUACUGUUGGGGAUGAGAAGAUUUAAAAAAAAAGCCAUAGUCCCUCUGCCCAAAAAGUUUAUAUUUUAGAGCAGUGCUGUUCAACAGAAUUUUCUGCAGUGAUGGGAAGUUCUAUAUUUGUGCUGUCCAACACAGUGGCCACUAGAUCCAGGCAGCUGUUGAGCAAUGUAAAUAUGAAAACAAGAUUAUCUUCUUAUCCAAAAAAGAUGACGCCAACUGGGUUACUCUCAAAGGACAACCAAGUGAGCACCACAGACUAAUGAGUAGAAUCAACAAGAACGUGAUUUUGGCGCUUUUAACUUUGACAAGUUCUGCAUUUCUGCUGUUUCAAUUAUACUACUACAAGCACUAUAUAUCAGCAAAGAAUGGAGCUGGUGUAUCAAAAUCUAAGGGAAACCGAAUUGGAUUUGAUAGCACACAGUGGCGUGCAGUUAAAAAAUUUGUUAUGCUAACAUCCAGCCAAAAUGUACCAGUGUUCCUUAUCGAUCCUUUGAUUCUGGAAUUGAUUAAUAAAGACUUUGAACAAGUCAAAAAUAUUUCUCAUGGCUCCACUUCAGAAUGCAAGUUUUUCUGUGUUCCAAGAGACUUUACUGCAUUUGCACUGCGGUAUCACCUAUGGAAGAAUGAGGAGGGCUGGUUUCGGAUGGCUGAAAAUAUGGGCUUUCAGUGCCUAAAGGUUGAGAGCAAAGACCCCCGGCUGGAUGGAAUAGACUCACUUUCUGGAACCGAAAUUCCCCUGCACUACAUCUGCAGAUUGGCUAAUCAUGCCAUCCACUUGGUGGUCUUUCAUGAGAGGAGUGGCAACUACCUCUGGCACGGCCAUUUACGACUCAAAGGACGCAUGGACCGGAAAUUUGUUCCUUUUCGAAAGUUACAGUUUGGCCGUUAUCCUGGAGCUUUUGACAGGCCAGAGUUACAACAAAUUACUGUUGAUGGACUCGAAGUUCUCAUCCCGAAAGAUCCAGUGCAGUUUCUAGAAGAAAUACCACACUCUCGGUUUAUUGAGUGUAGGUAUAAGGAAGCUCGAGCAUUUUUUCAGCAGUACCUUGAUGAUAACACUGUGGAAGCCAUGGCCUUUCGGAAGAGUGCAAAGGAAUUGUUGCAGCUAGCAGCCAGAACGUUAAAGAAAUUGGGAGUCCGGUUCUGGCUGAGCAGUGGAACUUGUCUAGGAUGGUAUCGGCAAUGCAACAUUAUUCCUUAUAGUAAAGAUGUUGACCUAGGAAUUUUUAUACAAGAUUAUAAAUCUGAUAUUAUUUCAGCAUUUCAGGAUGUAGGACUUCCACUCAAACACAAAUUUGGGAAGGUAGAGGACAGCUUGGAACUAUCUUUCCAGGGAAAAGAUGAUGUAAAACUCGACAUUUUUUUCUUCUAUGAAGAGACUGACCAUAUGUGGAAUGGAGGCACUCAGGCCAAAACGGGAAAAAAAUUUAAGUACCUAUUUCCCAAGUUUACACUGUGCUGGACUGAGUUUGUAGACAUGAAGAUUCAUGUGCCCUGUGAAACCAUUGACUACAUUGAAGCCAACUAUGAAAAACCAAAGGGUGACUUCACAGACCAAGGAAAAGCCUUUGCUUUUAGGAAGCUGUCCUCGCCUCGUGUCAUGCCAGUUAUCAUUCACCAUGAGCUGUCUUUCCUCCAUAUCCUGUUGGAAGACGAGAACAUGUGUAGCAGUACUGUCCAAAUAGAGCAUCCGGUGAUGCUGGGAAUGAUCGCUGUCUGCACUGUCCAGUGCAGUAGCCACUAGCCACAUGGCUUCACAUUUGGAUCCAGUUGAGGACCAUCCCUGAGAUUCAAUGUUUGAUGCUUCUUCAAUGCAGAUGUCUGCUAACUCAACGAGGCAGGCUGUGGCCACCUUCCAA